UGGGAGAGUACAGUGCGACAGAAUUAGCAGAUCCGUACCCUGCCCGCGAUGAGCUUAUCGUUAGAGGGAAGAGAAUCAACAGCUGCCGAGACAAACUAACCAUGUGCGAGGGGCCCUCGCGGAUUUCCGGGCCCAUACCGCCAGAUCCCUCGCUCUUCCCGGACUACUAUAGACGCCCUUCUUCAGCCCGAGGGCGACUGGAAGGCCACGCCCUGAAGCUCAAACUGCCCCCCACCCAGCUGGCCCCAGACCCCGCCCUGUCGCCUCCCUGUCGCAGUGCCCGCCCCGCACAGCCCGCCCCCAGCAUCCGGCCUAAGGGCCAAGAGCUCCUGGAACCACGGCAGAGAGGGGUGGCGGGGCUUUUGCUGCAGCUGGAGGGGUUCUCGCUAGGCCAGGACACCCCUCCAAAACGAAAGGAGCCCAAGGACCAUGAGAAGGAGAAUAGACGGCGGCUGCGAGAGAUCCAGCGAAGGCACAAGGAGCAGGAGCAGAGCCGGUCCAAGCCAGUCAAGGCUCUGUGGCACUCCUCCAAAUAUGACAAGGUGGAGUCCCGGGUGAAGGCCAAGCUGCAGGAGCCGUCACCUUCCCCUUCUCCUUUGCGGCCUUUCCUGCGAGCAUAUUCCCGCUGCGGCCCUGGAGUGCAGCCACUCCGGGCCCCCUCUCCCGGCCCUGCCCAUCCCAACCCCGAUGUUGAGGAGUUCCCUGCUCCCAAAUCCAACGUCAAGCCCCAGGGCCCAGUUGUGGACUUCAUCAGCCACAACGCCCGCACUGCCCAGCAGGCCCCACUCCGCCGCUCACGGUCCCUGCAGGCCUUGGCGGGGGUGCUGGCCCGGCAACAGCAGGGGCAGGAGAAGUACAAUGCCAAGCAGAAGGGCCAGGUGCCCCACUACCUGCUGGAGCGGAAGGCCUUAUGGCAGCGGGAGUUGGAAGAGCGUCAACGCAACCUGCCUGACCCUGCCACGCCUCCCGGCCACACCAUGAUGCUCGAAAGCCAGCGCUUGGAGACCCUCGGCACCCUUCAGCAGCGCCAGACCCAGCUGCUGCGAGAGCUGGUGCUGCUGCCGGCUCGAGCUGACUCCCUUCGGGCUCAAAACCACCGAGCUGAGCUGGAGAAGAAGCUGUCCCAGCUGGAGGAGGCUAUCAAGAUUUUUUCUCGCCCCAAAGUUUUCAUCAAACAAGAUUCCUAAAGUCUUUGGCCUCUCCUCUACCCCCCUCCCAUCGGCUCCGGCCCAACCCCGCCAGCCUGAGGCCUGGUGGCGAGGGCGGGGUUGCCGUGGCCGGCACGGCCACCGGCUCCCCGGAAAAGGGGGUGCUCAGGGUGAGUCGGGCCGGGUUGUGGCAGACAGCGGACCCGGCCCAGUUGGCCGUCGGGCAAGUCCGUCUGUCUGUGGGCUAAGAGGCGGCUGCCCGCGAUGAUCUCGUCGGUGCUGGUGUACAGUUUGAAAAUUAAACUUUAUCUCCUUGAG